ACCUCAAUGCACAAACGAGAGAGUUUGCGAAACAUAGCCUCAUUUUAGAGCUCGAAACAUUCAUCAAUGGCGGUCCUUCAAUCUCUCCCUCUCACUACUCCACUCUUUCUCUCUCAUCACCACUCUCUCACCAAAACAAACCUCCCCAAAUUACCCCUCAGGCUCCCUAGAUAUCCCCUCUCUAUCCUCGCUUGUUCGGCUCCGCAGUCUCUUCCGGCGACCGAGCAAGACAUACUCGAAGCCAUCGCGAUGUCAGACGGCGACAACGUGAAGUCCCUUCCCUGCGUGAGAACUUACGAGAACGACCUGGCUCGGCUCACGAUAAUCGGAGCGGUCGGUUUCGAGCAGGCGUUGACUGCGGCUGCCGCCGACGGCGGUGAAGCCGCCGCGGCGCACCUUUCUGCCUCCAUGUCGGCGAUGGUUGUGGAGACCGUGUAUCCGGGGCCUUCCGACGAGCACAGCACCGUCUCUACUCGACUGUUCUUGCCAGCUAGAAAGGUUAAAGAAAAAGCUAAAAAGCUCAAAGGCACUCUCACUGAAGAUAUUCUAUCCGGCACUACAUCUAAAAAUAUACUGGCCUUGACAUUUAGACAAGUGGUUCUCCAAUACCUAUGGAAUUUUGAACUGGUACUGUUUAGACCUGGAACAGAAAGAGAUAUGGACGACCUUGAAACUCCAAGAGAGCAGGUCCCUUCAUCUUUCACCGUCAGCUCAUUGAAUGAACAGGCCAUUUCUGUGCUUGCAGAAGUUGUUUGUGUUUUAGCUCUUGAAAGCGCUGAAAGCCAUUUCCUUAAUUCAUCGGGCAAAACAUCUAAUGAUCUCUUCCAUUGGUUUCGCAAGCCUAAGAAGAUUGUAUCGAAAGACUCCUCAGUGGUCUUACAUAAAUUAUUCGAAGAUGAGAUCAUUGCAAAUGCAAAGAGUCUGCUAAAAAUAUUUAAGUCAAAAAAGGGAGAUUAUAUGCCUGUAGAAGCAAGAUUGAAGUACUGUUGGUGGACUACAUCAGCACAUUCUAAAUUGGAAAAGAUGGGUGGGCCCGAGUUUAGCAAUUGGACGAAUGAAUAUGUACCUGCUUACAGGCUGCAAAUUGACACCGACAAACUUAACAGUGUAAAGUUUGAAGGGUGGAAAAAAACUGCAGAGAGUAGGUGGGAAGUUCUUCUGACCCACUCCCAAAUGGUUGGUUUGGCUAAUAUUCUUGACAUGUACUUUGAGGAUCCAUUUACGCUCCCGAAUAAACAGCUAUCAGGUGGUGUGGUUGCAAAAUCGAUUGAUUUGUCCAUUAAUAAGAGAAGCAGUUCGUUGCUGAAAAUGCUGUCAAUUGCAUUUGCGAGUGGGAUUUUUCUUCUUAUCAUCAGUGUUCUAGGACGUUUACAUUUGCCUUUUCUGCACAAUGGAAGAAAGUACCUUGGAGACAGCCGUUUACUUCAAUCAUCUGAAGUUGACCAUGUAAAGCAUCAGCCUUUGGAGUCCAGUAAGAGUGGUUAGCCCUUAUACGGCGACGAAGGGCAGAGACUCCUAAGAAGCGAGAAGAAAACAAUGCUGCCAAAGAACCGAAGAAGGCAGAAGCUCACAAAUAACAACAAUGGGUGCCAAAAUGUGUUGUUUUAUAGUUAUGGGUGGUUACACCAAUGCCUGGUAAUGUUGUUCUUGGCUCACUAUUUGACCAUAGGAAUAGCACUAGGUAUUUUAAUUUGUAUACAAAUGCAUUUUUGUAUUGAAAAAAAUAGCUAUUUUUUUUUUUUUUUUGGAUGUAUGAGUACAAUAGCAAGUGGCAGUUAUUAGAGAUGGUUUUUCUAUUUCAAAAUUGAAUUCCAGCUUCCUGAA